AUGUCUCCCCCAGCAGCCACCGAAUCUAUCAACAUGGGCCCCAAAACCUCAACCCAAGAAACCGGGGCUGAAAAGGCCAAAGUGAAAAUGACCUUCCCCAAACCCCCAGUAUUUGAAGAUAAACUCGCAGAAAGAGAAUAUCUGAAGGGGAGACUGGCUGCUGCCUUUCGUAUUUUUGGCAAGAACGGUUAUGAUGAGGGCGUCGCCGGGCACAUCACCCUCCGCGACCCCGUUGAUCCGACCACCUUCUGGGUCAACCCCUUCGGUGUGGCAUUCUCACUCAUGAAAGCCUCUGAUUUGAUCCUCGUCAACCACGAAGGGAAGAUCAUCGACGGGGGCCCAACGAGACUGCUCAACGCCGCGGCAUUCAUGAUCCACUCUGCUAUCCACCAUGCACGGCCGGAUGUGAUGUGUGCGGCGCAUAGUCAUAGUCUCAACGGACGGGCGUAUUGCUCGCUUGGGCGGCCGUUGGAUAUUAUCUCGCAGGAUGCGUGUGCUUUCCAUAAUGACCAUGUUGUAUACAAACAAUUCAACGGGGUUGUUCUGGCCGAGGAGGAGGGGAAGAAUAUCGCUGCUGCGUUGGGGAAUAAGAAGGCUGCUCUGUUGCAGAACCAUGGGCUACUGACCGUUGGUCAGACGGUUGAAGAGACGGUCUUCUGGUUUGUUAGUUUGGAAAAGUGCUGCCAUGCGCAGUUGAUGGCGGAUGCAGCGGCUGCUGGACGAGGAGGAACGACGAUUAAAGUCGACGAUGAGGAUGCGGCGUUUACAUACAAGACAGUUGGGACGCCGUUGGCUGGAUGGUUCAGUGCAAAGCCUUUGUUUGAUGUUAUUCACGAGGAGACUAAGGGGGCGUAUUUGAAGUGA